AUGUGUGCCAUGGUCUCAGCCCAGCAGUGUUGACAAUAGGGUGAAAAGAAACAGCCCCGAAUCAGAAACGAGCUGAGGAAAACACCAAAAUCCAGGGGUUUGGGGAAGACACGCAGUUGAAUCAGUAACAGGAAUGUAAUUGCGUGAACCUAAUCGUUUUAUAUAGCCGUAUUUUGUUAUUAAUGGAAGUUUGAGGAUUAUUCCGUUGGAAGGAAAACGGUACUCGUGGGUUUGGCUGUUUCAGGCCAAGAUUUUCCUGCUGCUCCGCCGCUGCUUGGGAAAGGCUGUUUGCACCGAGCUGGAGGUAGCCUAACAGUUAGCCCGGUAGAUUUCCAAACAUAGGAUAACUCCUCGCCGCCGUCUCCGUUGCGAACCGCAGAGGAUCAAGCAGGGCUAUGUCCUCGGCAGCCACCACAUCUCCAUCUGUGGACAAAGUGGACGGAUUUUCACGGAAGUCUGUCAGGAAGGCCAAGCAGAAGCGGUCGCAGAGUUCGUCCCAGUUCCGCUCUCAGGGCAAACCCAUAGAGCUCACGCCCUUGCCACUGCUCAAGGACGUGCCAGCGCCGGAGCAGCCGGAGCUGUUCCUGAAGAAGCUGCAGCAGUGCUGUACUGUCUUUGACUUCAUGGACACACUGUCAGACCUCAAGAUGAAGGAGUACAAGCGCUCCACGCUCAACGAGUUGGUGGACUACGUGACCGUCAGCCGGGGCUACCUGACAGAGCAGGCCUACCCCGAGGUCGUCAAAAUGGUGUCUCACAACAUAUUCCGGACCCUUCCGCCCAGUGACAGUAAUGAGUUUGACCCUGAGGAGGACGAGCCCACGCUGGAGGCCUCCUGGCCACACCUACAGUUGGUAUACGAGUUCUUCAUCCGGUUCUUGGAGAGUCAGGAAUUCCAGCCCAGCAUUGCCAAAAAGUACAUAGACCAGAAGUUUGUCCUACAGCUCUUGGAGUUGUUUGACAGCGAGGAUCCUCGGGAGAGAGACUACCUGAAAACAGUCUUGCAUAGAAUCUACGGCAAAUUCCUGGGGCUGAGGGCUUUUAUACGAAAACAGAUCAAUAAUAUUUUUCUACGUUUUGUUUAUGAGACGGAGCACUUCAACGGGGUGGCUGAGUUGCUGGAGAUCCUGGGGAGUAUAAUCAAUGGUUUCGCUCUGCCACUGAAAGCAGAGCAUAAACAGUUUCUGGUCAAAGUGUUGAUCCCCCUCCACACUGUCAGGAGUCUGUCCCUCUUCCACGCACAGUUGGCGUAUUGCAUUGUACAGUUCCUAGAGAAAGACCCAACAUUAACAGAACCAGUCAUCAGAGGCUUACUGAAGUUCUGGCCCAAAACCUGCAGUCAAAAAGAGGUGAUGUUUUUAGGGGAGCUGGAGGAGAUCCUGGACGUCAUCGAACCCACACAGUUUGUCAAGAUCCAGGAGCCACUCUUCAAACAGAUCUCCAGAUGUGUCUCCAGCCCGCAUUUCCAGGUUGCAGAGCGAGCUCUGUACUACUGGAACAACGAAUACAUCAUGAGUCUGAUCGAGGAAAACUCCACCGUCAUCCUGCCCAUCAUGUUCGCCAGCCUCUACAGGAUCUCCAAAGAGCACUGGAACCCGGCGAUCGUGGCGCUGGUGUACAACGUACUGAAGGCCUUCAUGGAGAUGAACAGUACCUUAUUUGAUGAACUCACAGCUACUUACAAGUCGGACCGCCAGCGUGAGAAGAAGAAGGAGAAGGAGCGGGAGGAGCUGUGGAAGAAGCUGGAGGACUUGGAGCUGAAGCGGGGCCUUAGGAGCGACGGGAUCAUCCCGACUUAACAAAGACAGCGCCGCGCUCCCCUCUGCCCCAACCUCCUCCCUUCCCCCCUCCUCCUGUUCCACUCUGCCCCCCCUCCCCUGACCUCCAUCCCGACCCUGACCCCAGCCCCCAACAUCAGCCAUGUCUGCCCAGAGCUCUGAAAAAUCCCCGAUAAAGGCCAUCGUCUUUGGACACGGAGCGCCCGCUGGUUUCUUAAUUUUUUUCUUAUGUUUUUUUUUCUCCUGUGUUUAUGCGACUUACUUUACAGUAGAUUCAUCACGUCUGUUUUCAUUAUUUCAGCAGCACUGUAAAUAAUUAUUUUUUUCUUUUUUUUGUUUUUUCCCUUAAACUGAUAUUAUUGCAAACGGAAAAACAAAACAAUAAUAAAAAAAGGAAGAAAAAAAUAGAAAAUGAGAAAAUGACUUGUGUGGGAGGGGGAUUUAAACAACAACAAAAAAAACUUUUGGACUGUAGGACAUGAAACGAACUCUUGGAAAACAAAAAACGACAAAAAAAGAGAAGAUAGAUUGAUUUUAACUCUUCAUCCCAUUCUUCUUCUUCUUCUUCUUCUUCUUCUUCAGUACAGUCCCGUACAUAACUUUUAUUUUCCUGGUUCUACUCUUUGCUUUUCCUCCUGUUGCUUCCAUUUCUCUGUUCCCUCCCUCCUUCCCCUCUGAUGGCGCAUCUGUCAUUUCUGCCCCAAUGUGGGACAUUUGGACUGAUUAUGCCCCCCCCCCCCCCACCCCAAACCCUCCCAGAGUUUCCUAAAGGACCGCCCCCCCCCCUCUCCUCUCUGCUCCUCCUUCCUGUUUUAAACGGGAAAAAAAAUGAACAAAAACACAUUUAAAAACAACAACAGGGACCUUCUCACUACACACACACACACACACACACUUUAAAAUCGUCUUUUUGAGUGCGUUUACAUGUGUGUUCUUAGUGUAGUUGGUGGGAAACGUUUAGAUAAACUAUUUCCUCUAACUUGUAAAUGUUGUGCCUGCUCAAGAUGCUUUUUUCGUCCCCUGAAUUGAGUAACUUCUCCCCUCAAAUUCACAUCAUUAACUCUGUCACAGUUAAAUGUUUGACCCGGUAGGAAAUAGGGUUAAAGUUUUGUUGACUUUUUUUGGAUUUUUAACUCGUCGUUCUUCCUCUCUCGUGAAAUGCUCUUGUUUUACACUCCCAGGCCUCUAAAAACGAUUCAGAUACACGGUCUUAGAGGGGGAAUCACUCCUCAGUUCCACUUUUCGACAAGCAUAUCCACCAAAUCUAUAAAUCUGCUCAGAAACCAUAGGAGAAAACAGUGCUUUUGCCCCGUCACCGUUACGUUUUUAAUACUAUACUGACUCUCCUUUAUCCAUUCAUACGCAUAUAUUUGCGCCCUGUUGAAAACUUAAGGAUAUGCAGACAUAAAAACUCAGUUUGAAACUUCUUGAUUUUUAAAUACAAGUGGCACAAAUUAGUAAUUGAACGAGAUGUUGUAACACUCGGCUCUGUGCCUGCGUCACCUGGGAAACUUUGCUGUAUCCUGUUCCGCCGUCGCUCGGAUGAGCUCAUGUCCCGCGUAUUUCGGAUCCAGCUUCCCAUCAUUUAUUUGUACUUUUUAUGUGGCCUGCGCUUCCUUGGGUCUCUGUGAGCCAGAUUCAAUGAUGCACGUGAACGAAAUGAGAAGGACUCACUUACAUGUAAACGCACUCGAUUCAUUUCCACCUCCUCCGCUUUACGUCACUUGAUUAUUUCUGUCCUUCCCGCCGUCUUUUUUAUUUUUAUUUUCUCUCUCUCUCUCUCUGACCCCUCCCUCCCUCUUUACCUACCUACCAACCAACCAACCAUACCAGGUAUCCCUGGUAUCAGUCUGGCACUGGUACCCUCCGGCCAUAACGGGGACUUAGAAAUGAAAACAGAAAAAAAAAAAAGUCUUCAGAGGAACGCCAAAAAUCUUCCUCCCGUUGUGAAAAAGACGAGCGCCCCGCCCCACCCCACCUCACUGGGGGGCGCCCCGUUGACUUCACAGUAUUACGACAACAGCGACAAAAAAAGACAACCCUGUACAUUGUUAUUGAAUGCAGUACACUGAUAAUCUUGUAUCUUGUAGUAAUUUAGCCUAUGUUUUUUGCUUAGGAAACUGUGGAGAGGAGUAUCCAGUAUAUAAAGAGGUAUUAUGGAACAAGACUUCCUGGUAUUUAUGAUAGUGUUUCCCCCCUUUUUAGUCUGUUUUUUCUUUUCCGUCUCUCACUCCUCCCUCUUCUCUUGGUUUUUAUCUCAUUUUGGAUAUUUUGCUGAAGUUUCUUUUGACCAUUGGAU